AGCAACACAGGUCGCUGCAGCACACUCAGUUUUUGCCGCUCGAAAAUUUUCGUUCGAAAACGAAAACUUUUUCUUCGUCAGUCGCCUGAUUUCCGAAUCUCUUUGGAGUUGGGGUCCCCGACGAGAAUAGACUCACACAGAGAAAAUCCCGGAUUUUCCGCCGGGAACGCCACUAGCCACUCGCAUUCCACUGGAGUCUGUCCCUUGCAGAUGGCAGAGCGUCCUGAAGAUUUCAACCUCCCAGUCUCGGUGGUUGCGCGACUAUUGAAGGAGUCUCUACCUGAAGGAGUAGCAGUUUCCAAAGAAGCAAGGGCUGCAUUAGCGAAGGCUGCCGCGAUUUUUGUCCUGUACACGACGUCUCUCUCCAAUAACUUCGCCACAAAAAGUAAACGGAAAACGGUCACGGGUCAGGACGUCAUGGCGGCCAUGGAAGACAUGGAACUGUCGGAGUUUCUUCCCCAACUCCAGGAAGCUCUCGAAGCAUUCCGAAAGGAAAAAUCCGCUAAAAAAGAUAAAAAGAAAGUCAAAGAAACUCCGGAAAGUACGGAGAAAGAAGCUGACGACGACGCAAAAGACGACGUCGAAAUGGUCGAGGAGCCGGUGAGCGACGCUGACAUCGCGCCAGAAGAUCGUCCCCAAGAAGGCUGA